AUGCCCGCACUGCUUGGCGGUAUUGCGAUGGCGUCCGUCGCUGCGCUGUCCAUGCCCGCUUUCGCAAUCCUCUACGGUCUCGUAUCUGGUCAAUACACAAGCUAUGGCGAAGGAUCGAGAAGCAGCAGCCAACUCAUGAGCAACAUGGCCAGGUUCUGCGUAAUUCUUACCGCUCUCGCAACACUCAACUGGAUUGCCGAUAGUUUCUACUAUCUCUUCUUUCUCAUGUUCGGAGAGCUCCAGGCGAGGAGUGCCCGCAACAGAAUCUUCGAUGCUCUUAUCAAAAAGGAUAUGGCUUGGAUCGAUACGCGGGAGGAUGGAAUCGCCGCAUUUCUGCCGAUAGUACAGAUAUUCUGGUACGGUAGUCACCUCGUCGAAACCGGGGAAAGUGACCCAAAACAGGUCCUCAUGACGUUCUGGGCAGCACUUAUGGCAAUGUCUGGGAUGACCCAGAUAAUGCCUCAGCUGAUUGUAUUGCAGCAAGGAAAGAUGGCCGGUGCAAAAUUAAGUGUGCUUAUGAAGUUGAUUUCAACGAGCGAUCAGCAAUUCGAAUCGCAAGGCAAACUGCGGCCUGAGAGAUGUACGGGCCAGCUCGAGUUUCGAAAGGUCACAUUCUCAUAUCCUUCACGCGCAGACGAGACUGUCAUUCGAGAUGCUUCGCUUCUAAUCCGGGCUAGAGAGACGACCUUUGUCGUCGGCAAAAGGGGUUCCGGAAAGAGCACACUAGCACAACUUCUCGUCCGCUUCUAUCGGCCUUCUUCAGGACAGAUAUUCCUGGAUGACGUUCCACUCGAAGAUUUGGACGUCAAAUGGUUACGACAGAAAGUCAUGCUUGUUGAGCAGCACAGCGUGCUGUUCAAUGAUACUAUCCGCCACAAUCUCGCUCUUGGUCAGCUAGGUGAUGCAGUGGAUAUGCAAGAUAUCCGCAAUGCAGUCAAGUUUGCUAUGCUAGAACCUGUUAUGGAGAGCUUUCCCAAUGGACUGGAUACUGAACUCGGCAUGAAGGGUGGCUCAUUGAGUGGAGGGCAGAGACAAAGAAUGGCUCUAGCUCAAGCUAGGAUUGGGAUCUCGCCGGUGCUGAUCCUGGACGAAUCAACCAGUUCUCUUGAUUACGUUACACGAGCCGAGAUGCUUGACGCUAUACGAAGCUGGCGGAAAGGGAAGACAACGAUUAUCAUUACCCAUGACAUCUUGCAGAUCCGACCCAACGACUUCCUGUACUUGCUGGACAACGCCCGGGUAGUACAACAGGGGUGUCGAAAAGAGCUCGAGUCACAAAAUGGAUCUUUCAGUCUUGUCUUGAUACGCACACCGAGGCUGACACAGACGAUGAGUCUGAUGAUCAUGAGGACGAGUCCUAUUGGGGGCCUGAAGCUGGUGACGGCAAUGUGGAACACGAGGAGUCACGGACAGCCCGGAUCAUUUCUAUGA